UCGAGAGAGAGAGAGAGAGAGAGAGACAGUCAGUUGAAGAGAGAGAGCGGAAUGGUAAAAGCAGCUGAGAAGCAGACUCGAUGCUGCAGCUGAGGAACGAAUCUUCGAGGAUCGAGAUCGAGAAAAUCAAGCCAUCAUCAAGGCAAAUUGAGGGUCUCCCCGAUUAGCUUAAAUGUAAAGCUAAUCUCAGUUGGGUUUUCGUUCAUUCAUCAUAUUAACUCUGCUCUUCUCCAAAUGGGAAGACAACACAGCACUAAGCAAGGACAGCUCGCGCAGGAUAACCUUCGAGAAGCGAAAGAAGGGGCUGAUGAAGAAGUUAGAGGAGUUUUCAAUCCGUUGUGGAGUUGAUACCUGCAUGAUUAUCUACAACCGGGACAACUCCUCGGGCCGGGGGCCCACGAUCUGGCCCAGGAUCCCCGAGAGGGUCAAGCAAGUUAUCGAUCGAUACUUCAGCAAGGGUGUCGAUCAGUGCAACAAGCAUGCCAUGGACCUCCGUGAAUAUUUCAUGAGCCAGAAGCGGAAAGCAGACAAAGAGCUAGCCAAGGUCCGGUCUGCCAACUGGGCUGCCAAGUACCCAGGCUCGGAGGAUCUGCUCAACGGCCUCUCACAAGAUCAGCUUCAAAUGGUGUUGUCUGUGCUGAGGAUGAAACUGGAGAUUAUGAAGAAGCGGCACUUAGCAGCCAAGGAGAGCGCUGUGAUGAAUGCAUUGGGGAUGGUCCCGAUGCAGAUGGAUGACUUCAAGUACGAUACUCCAGUCCAUUCGCAUAUGAAUGAUUACAUGCCGGGAUAAAGCCACCUCUUGAGUUCCAACAGCCGGUGAUCCCUUACUUGCCUCCAUUAAUGGACCCGGACACGAUGAUGAACAGUGCGAUGAUGUGGUCCAAUGUCGGGGACUGUUUGUCCAACACCGGCAACAGCAGCACCAUCCUUGCAAAUCAUCACAAUGGGAACAGCUACUACUACAACUACUCACUCAACGUCCCGGCUCAUAACAGGAGCUUCCCACUGUCUACAUCAUUCUCAGUCCACCACAUUGGUACGGGUGCCAUGGAUAAGUAUGACCAGAUGCAUGGCUUCCACCCAGUUCCAGAGAACGCUAUGUUCAAUGGCUCUGGGCAAGGCAUGCUCGGAAACACGUCUUCGAUGGUGAUGAUGAUGAUGCCUCCGCAGCAACAGCUGCCAGUGCUGCAAUACCCGAUGAUGCCGCAAGGGAUUACCCAGUGAUCUGAAGUUCGAGAAACUGCAGAGAUUUCACUUAUUAGUCUCUAGUUAAAAAUAGUUCUUCAAAUGUAUAUUCUUUGAGAAUGCUGAAAAAGUUGUGUCCCCUGGCUCUAUUAACUUCGAAAGAGUUCUAGAUAGUACAGGGUCUGCAAUUUUGGUGAUUUCAUUAACCGGCCUUUGCCUCGUA